AUGCCCAGAGGAAAGAAGAGUAAGGCCCGUGCUCGUGAGAAACGUCGCCAGACCCAAGAUGAGCCCCAGAAGCCAAAUGAUGCUCAGGCAAAGGCAGUAGAGAAAGGAGAGUCUUCAGGAGAUGCUGGGCCAAGCACUUCUGUUGCUUGCUUCCCACAGGGCAAAGAACCCACUGCCACUGCCGGUACAGGCUUGGGUCAAGAAAUGUCUGUUAAAGGUACAAAGGGGCAAGAAGAGGAAAACGGUAGUCCUUCUAGGGCCCCACUCUCCACUGGAGCCAAACAGAUGGAUCUUUUAUCAAGGAAGACAGGAAUGCUGGUGGAGUACAUGCUCUGCAAGUACAAAAUUAAACAGCCUGCAAAAAGGGGAGAAAUGCUGAAAGUUAUCAACAAAAGGUUCAAGGAGCACUUUCCUGAGAUGCUUAAGAAAGCUGCCUAUCGAUUGGAUAUGGUUUAUGGCAUUGAGAUGAAAGAAGACCGGCCCCAUGGUCAAUCCUAUGUGCUUGUCAGCAAGCUAGAUUUCCGAGAUGAUGGAAGUGGGAGCAAUACACUGGGUGUUCCCAACAGGGGCAUUCUGAUUCCUCUCCUAAGCGUGAUCUACAUAAAUGGCUACUGUGCCCCAGAGGAGGAGGUCUGGCGCUUCCUGAAUAUGUUAGGAAUCAAUGAUGGAGUCCCACACCUCAUCUUUGGGGAUGUCAGGAAGCUUAUCACUGAAGACCUAGUGGAGGAAAAGUACCUAGAAUACCGUCAGGUUCCUGGCACCGAUCCUGUAUGCUAUCAGUUCCUUUGGGGUCCAAGAGCCUAUUGUGAAUGCAGCAAGAAGAGAGUGACAGACUUCUUAGAUAAGAUCAGUAAAACCGUACCCAGUGUUCACUCAUCUUAUGAGCAGGCCUUGAUUGAAGAGGAAGAGAAAGCCAAAGCUGAAGCUGCAGUUAAGCCUGGCAGUAAGGGCAAAGCCAAGGGACGUUCUAAGUCCAAGUUCAGCAAUGCUACUCACUAG